AUGCUGACGAUUCUGUUGUUGGCUUGCGCAGCAUGGGACUUCACUUACGCUUUUAACACAUUUGGACCACCAAAACUACUCGUGCAGCCUCCCGAAGAGGUAUGGUAUCAACUCGACGAGAACCUCAGUCCACAUGCUCGACCGACUCUGAAAUGUCAAGCGUCCGAUAAUACAGAAUCAUUUGUUUGGUAUAAAAACGGUGAACAGCUGGAGAUUGGCGGCGAUAUCGAAUGGGUUCGUGCCGGACAAUCGGGUACCAUUCAGUUUUUGAAGCCUAAACGAUCACACGAAGGCUAUUAUCAAUGUUUCGUAUCGAAUAUCUUCGGCACAGCUGUCUCUAACAAAGUUCAUUUACGACUUGGAGGUUUGUUUUUCUCUUCGAAAUUUUUCAUUUUAAUUGUUUAA